AUGUCUUCGGGGACCCUAUAUGUCAGGGACUCGCGAACUGACAUAAAAUAUGAGAUACCAAUACGACGGAACGCUGUUGCAGCCACCGAACUCAAGAAAAUAAAGGCGCCUGCAGUAGGUACGAACCGAGCUGAUCAGGCUUCAAGCGGACUCAGGGUGCAUGACCCAGGGUUGCUGAACACUACGGUGAUCGAAUCUGCUGUUAGCUUCUCAGACCAUGAUCGAGGACUCCUUCUCUUCCGUGGAUAUAGUUUGGAGGAGCUAUGGAACAGCGACUUUGAGGACAUGUUAUAUCUGCUAGUAUGGGGGUCAUAUCCGACAGCAUCCCAAAGAGAGGAUAUUCGUUUCCAGUUAGCGAAAUAUAUGCUAGCCGUGCCCGACAGCGUUCGGAAGACAAUACAAUCUAUGUCAAGCACUACUCCUCCACUGGCACUCAUGUUGACGGGCCUCUCUGCGUAUUUAGCCUGUCUACCACGUUCAAUCCCCGCGUCAACAUCCGCGCACCUGUAUCAGGGUAACCGGGACAACGUCGACCAUGCUGUCCUACGUACUGUUGCCGGGUACGCGGUCGUGUUUGGAAUCGUCGCCAGUCACCGACGGAAGACUGAAUUUACCCUGCCGUCAUUAGAAAAAAAGUACUGUGAGAAUCUGUUUACCAUGGCCGGUCUCGUGGAUCCUGCAACGGGAGUCCCUGAUGCUGUCAAGGUGUCAUGCUUCCGUCGGUUUUCCAUGCUCAAUGCUGAUCAUGGAAUGGCGCUGACUGUAUUCUCUGCACUCGUAACGGCGUCCUCUCUAACAGACCCUAUUUCAUGCCUCAUCACAGCUGUAACAUCAGCCUGGGGACCACUCCACUUCGGCGCAACCGAGUCGAGUCAGCGUUCCCUGGCGGAGAUUGGAACGGUGGACAGGAUUCCUGCCUUUCUAGAGCAAGUCAAACACAGACGAAAGAAAUUAUUCGGCUACGGUCACCGCUGCUAUAAGGGUGUUGAUCCACGAGUUCGCCCAAUCCGAUCAAUUUUGCAAGACCUACCAUCCACACGUCUCCUCAAAUUGGCCGAGGCAAUUGAACAGGCUGCAUCCGCAGAUGACUACUUCCGCAACAGGGGUCUAUACCCAAAUGCGGACUUCUAUGGGAACUUUGUUUUCACUGGCAUUGGAAUCGAGCUCGAGAUGAUCCCGGCAGCCAUGAUAGCGCAGCGAAUCAUUGGUAUCAUGGCGCACUGGCGCGAGUACAUGCGUGAGUUCAAGCGGCCCCAGUUCCCGCUCCCGAUACAACGGUGCUAUCUCGGUUGA